UGCUCGAUUGAAGUAUGUUGUACAAUACUUUCUUCACAGCUUGAAGGAGGAUGUGAGUUAGUCAUGAUGUGUGAUAUCAUUUAUGCUGGAAACAAAGCUAAGUUUGGUCAACCAGAGAUUUUACUUGGAACUAUUCCAGGUAUUGCACACAUAAAUUACCCACAGAAACAACUUUAUCAGUUUGCACAAUAAGAAAAUAUAAUAUAUUCCACUGAUUAAAAUAUCAGAGAGCACAAAUAAGCUACAGGAUAGCAGAUGAAGAAAAUGAAAAUUAUGUCUUCUCCUUUCCAAGAUUUUUUUAUACUUCUUAAGAGUAUUAGUCAUUAGCCCCUUUACACCCAAACAUCAGUCUGCAAGUUCUCCAUACUUUUCUCCAUACAUUUUCUAAUGUGCUGACAAGGAGAAUUUGUUUAACAAUCAAGAGCUUGUUUGAUUGAUGAUCAUUUCCUUUAUUCUCAUGACUUUAAUGUGUGAUUCAGGGCUGAUAUUGUAAGGAGAAACUAGAUGCUAGUCACUCUUUGGGGUAAAAAAGUUCAAAUUUGCUUUAACUUAAAAAAAAGUGAUAUGAUUUGAAGAAGUAAAGACUUGUAAUCAGGAAAGAUCAUAGGAGUAAGAUGGCUUUCAGUUUUAUGAAAUGGAUAUUUUUUUAUUCUAGACUCUCUUAUAUUGCUGCUUUUAUGUUCUUUAACCCUUUAACUCCCAUGAGUGACCAAGACAGAAUUUCUCUUUACACUAUCAAUACAAUAUUAACCAGAUAAGUGGUGAGAAUAUAGAAAAAUUUCAAUUUGGGGAUAAUUAGUUGAUUCAAUAUUAAAUUCUUUAAACUAAAAUUAUAAGAAUUGUAUGGUUGACAAUAAGUAGAAUUACAACUGUGUCAAGUUUAAAUUUAAGUUUGUGCUUAAAGUUGCAACUAACUCGAAGAUUUCUUUCAUUUUUUUAGGUGCUGGUGGUACACAGCGACUUCCAAGAGCUGUUGGGAAGUCUCUGGCUAUGGAAAUGGUACUAACAGGAGAUCCUAUUUCAGCAGAAGAUGCACAGAAAUCAGGUCCAUGUUCCUUUCAACUUAGCUCCUAUUUUUGACCAGUUGUUCAUCAUUACCUCUUUACCUUACAAAAUCGAUCAACAUGCAACUUCUCCCUGUAAUAAACUUACAUCAUCCAGCAAACGAGUAAUGAGAAUAUUUAACUUAUCAGUUCAAAGUUGUUAUUGAUCUAACGUCAAAUUCUCGUAACUAAUUAAAAAGGAAAUGUGUAGCAGCUAGAGGGGAAAAUUAACAAUCAGAUCUUAGGGGUUAAAGGGCCAAGGAGGGAGGUACUUAGCAUCGUAAGUCUUCCCGGUGGCACAAGGAAACUCUCACACAAAUUAUUGAGAAAUGUGUACAGUACUUCCACAUCAUCAAGGACUGCAACGGAGACACACUGUUUUGUGCUAAACACUUAUGUAAGCCUGCAAAAUUUGAGUUAAAAGCGUAUAUUUUUCCCUUCUGUUUGUUAGCAUUUCCGCGAAGGAACCGUUCACUUCCGAAGACGUUUUUUUAGAGUUUACGUAAACUUGUAUGUCUUCAGUACUCUCCUCUCUUAUUAAAAGCUCUCGGCAAAAGUUAUUUGCGCAAACCUUUCUCUUCGUUUUGAUUCAAGUACAUUUGCUCUAUACACUUUUUUCAAAAAGUCGCAGUUAAGGCCGCGUUACCUCAAGUUGUUCAGUUAGGUUUAAGGGUUAAUAAAAGUAUGAACUCGGGGCAUGCACUCCUGUGAUAAAACUACAUAAACUUCUGAGAAUUAUUGGCGUCGGCUUUGUCAGGUGGGGCAUUGCGCACUCAUUCUCGAGAUUUUUCUUCACUUAGAUCUAAAUUCAAAUUGCAGACUUAAAAACUUUCAUUUUUUCUUAGGCCCGGUUAGUAAAGUCUUCCCCGCAGAAGAGCUCGUAGAUGAAGCUAUCAAGACAGCUGCAAAAAUAUCAUCCUUGUCGAAGAUUGCCGUACAGAUCGCCAAGGAAGCUGUCAACACAGGUAUUGCCCUGGCAGUUGUAACCAUCCGAUUGACUGUUUCCUGUCAUGAGUUAUACCUCGAUUAUUCGAAAGAUUUUAUGUCAACUGAAGUCGGUGUUGAUCUUGUCUAUCGCUAGACGUUUCUUGUUGGUUUACCAGUCAACUUCAAAACAGUUACCUAUCCUAUUUGACUGUUCCACUGCGAAACUAUCUUUUUUCUAGUUACCGAAAUAGCCCAAAACAUCAUGACGUACUUCCAUUCACAAGAGUAAAAUUGAUUGUUUCUAAGCCAUCAUCUUAAUUUAAGCAAACUGAGAAAAUGAGGUAGAUUUUUGCGCAAGCAGAGAAGAGAGAAGAACUUGAUCUCGCGUAGGGUUUUGUUGCCUCGGGAUAUAAAUCAUCAUGACUGACCUGCUUGAGUCUAAAAGUUUAACAGUUUACAAGAAAUGCAUGCAAGAACAAUUUAUGGUCGUUGCAUUCCCUUUGAAAGUUCCGUAGAUGGUUGAAUUUCCCAAAUGUCUUUUUGUUUAGGCUACGAGAUGUCACUGGCAGAAGGACUGCAUUUUGAGAAAAGAAUGUUUCACUCAACAUUUUCAACAGUAAGUUAAUAUUGAUCGGCUUUUACAAUUGAAAGAAAACGGCAAUUGCAUUACAAAGUGGUAAAGCCACUUAACCAUUUCCCGAAAACAUAUCACCUCGUCUCUCUGAUUUAGAGCAAUACGCUGAAUACUUCACGUCUUCAGCGCAACCGAAGAAAGUUUGGAUUAAAAUAUUAAAAUGUUCUUAUGUUCCCGCUAAAAGCGUAGCUCCAUCUUUCCACAUGUAAACUACACACAACCCACAAUUCCUCUAUUCGCUCUGACGAAAGGCUAACGCUAGGAACGUCAGCUUUAGAAACUCUCUAUGGUGGCCAUUUUUGCAUUAUCAACGCUUUUGAUGUAAAUAAUAUUUGUGAUACCCCACCCGCCGCAACACUACAGUUUCUCUAGAAACUUACCCCGUCUGUUCGAUUGUUACCAUGGUGAUGAAUAACAGUGUAAUGAAUUUGUAAGGAAUUGCGAUGAAACUUUCCCGAGGGAAAAAUUUCUGCUUUUCUUUAAUUUCGCAGGACGAUCGAAAGGAAGGGAUGACAGCUUUUGUCGAAAAACGAAAAGCUGAAUUUAUGGACAAUUAG